AUGGCGAAGCGUACCCGCAAGGUUGGAAUCGUGGGCAAGUAUGGUACCCGCUACGGUGCCUCGCUGCGCAAGGUGAUCAAGAAGAUGGAAGUGAGCCAGCACAGCAAGUACACUUGCGACUCCUGCGGCAAGACUGCCGUCAAGCGGCAGGCCGUGGGCAUCUGGAAGUGCAAGGGGUGCCGCAAGACCGUCGCCGGCGGCGCGUACGUCAUGCGCACUGCUGCUAGCAUCACCGUGCGCUCGACGAUCCGCCGUCUGCGCGAGGCCGUCCAGGGCUAA